CAGCAUUUUUCACUACUAAUUAAUUACCCGCAUUCAAUUGUUGAGAGUGCUAAUUAUUAAGUUUGAAAAAAUGGCUAAGUUUGGUGCAUACUCAAUUGCCCUUGUUCUCACAUUGAACAUUCUUUUCUUCACUAUGGUUAGUUCCACUAAUGUCCCAUGCCCACCACCCCCACACCCCAAACCCCACCCUACCCCUACCCCUACCCCCUAUACCCCAUCAACCCCAUCAUCAAAGGGUAAGUGCCCAAAGGACACACUUAAGCUAAAAGUGUGUGCCAAUUUGUUGGAUGACUUAGUUCACCUUGUUGUUGGUAGUAGCCCAGCCAAGACUAAAUGUUGCUCUUUAAUUGAAGGACUUGCUGACCUUGAUGCUGCUGUUUGCCUUUGCACUGCCCUUAAAGCCAAUGUGUUGGGAAUUAACCUCAAUAUCCCACUUUCACUCAGCUUGUUGCUCAACAACUGUGGAAAAUAUGCCCCAAAGAACUUUCAAUGCGCAUAAUGGCCAAAUUUAGUUUCUUUCAGUGCGUU